AUGCUUGAUUGGCCUCAACGCUUUAACAUUAUCCAUGGUAUGGCACGAGGUAUUCUUUAUUUACAUCAAGAUUCCCGCCUCCAAGUCAUCCAUAGAGAUCUCAAGGCAGGUAAUAUAUUGUUGGACAGCCAAAUGAAUCCAAAAAUAUCUGAUUUUGGGCUUGCAAGAAAGUUUGUAGGAGAGGAUGCCACGGCUAAGACAAAGAAGGUGGUUGGAACACAUGGAUAUAUUUCUCCGGAGUAUGCAGUACAUGGGCGUUUCUCAAUAAAAUCGGAUGUAUUUAGCUUUGGUGUUCUUGUGCUAGAGAUAGUAAGUGGGAAGAAAAACAGAGAAUUCUCUCACAAGGCUCAUAGUGACAACCUUCUUGGACAUGCAUGGAGACUCUAUAAGGAAGGCAAGUCCAUUGAACUCAUGAGUGUGUCUUUACGUAACUCAUGUGUGUCCUCUGAAAUACAACGAUCAAUACAUGUUGGAUUAUUGUGCGUGCAACAUCAUGCAGAAGAUAGGCCAACUAUGUUAUCAGUGGUUCUUAUGUUGAUUAGUGAUGGGGUAUUGCCUCCACCUAAACAACCAGCCUUUUUCACUGAAGAAAGUAACGGAUUACUUAACUCUGUUUCAUCGUUGGAUGAUGAAUACAUGAUAACACUAUUGUAUCCUAGAUAG